AUGGCGCGCGGCAGGAUCUGCAGGCUCUCUGUCCAUAACCUGCGCUUUCCCACAUCGCUAGGUAGCCACGGCUUCGACGCCAAGCACACAGACCCUGACUGCUCAGCUGCCUAUGUUGUCAUGGAAACGGAUUCAGAAGAUGGACUCAAGGGCUAUGGCAUUAUGCUCACCCUAGGGAAGGACCCAGAAGUUGUUGUUGGCGCCGUGAACGCCCUCACCUACUAUGUGCUCCACAAGGAUCUCGGGGAUAUUGUUGGUGACUUUAGAGGCUUCUGCAGAGUGCUCACAAGUGAUGAGCAGCUCAGACUGAUUGGUCCAGAGAAAGAUGUAGUGCGUCUGGCCGUAGCAGCCAUUGUAAAUGCUGUGUGGGACCUGUGGGCAAAGCAGGAAGGAAAGCCUUUAUGGAAGCUACUUGUGGACAUGGAUGCAGAGAUGCUGUUGUCCUGUAUUAAUUUCAGGUACAUCACUGAUGUCUUGACAGAAGAGGAUGCUUAUGAAAUACUGCAGAACGGCCAACAUGGUAAAAAAGAAAGAGAAAAACAAAUGCUGAGACAUGGCUACCCUGCCUACACCACAUCAUGCGCCUCGCUGGGGUAUUCAGACAGCACACUGAAAGAGCUCUUGAAAGCAGCACUAAACGAUGGCUGGACCAGGUUUAAAGUAAAAGUCGGGGCCGAUCUUCAGAAUGACAUACGAAGAUGCCGCCUCAUCAGGGACAUGAUUGGACCAGACAAGACUUUGAUGCUGGAUGCCAAUGAGCGUUGGGAUGUGCCUGAGGCAGUGGAGUGGAUGUCAAAACUAGCUGAAUUCAAGCCUUUGUGGAUUGAGAAGCCCACAUCCCAGAAUGACAUCACGGGCCAUGCAACUAUCUCCGAGGCACUGGCCCCAUUAGGAAUUGGCGUUGCCAUGGGAGAACAGUGCCACAACAGAAUGAUGAUUAAGCAACUCCUCCACAAGAAGGCCCUGCAGUUUCUCCAGAUCGACAGCUGCAGACUGGGGAGUGUCAAUGAAAACCUCUCAGUAUUACUGAUGGCCAAAAAGUUUGGAAUCCCUGUCUGCCCCCAUGCUGGUGGAGCUGGAUUCUGUGAACUGGUACAGCACUUGAUUAUAUUUGACUAUAUAUCAAUCUCUGCCAGCCUUCAAAACAGGAUGUGUGAGUAUGUGGACUACCUGCACGAACAUUUCAAAUAUCCCAUGGUAAUCAAACAUGCUUCCUAUCUGCCUCCCAAGGAUGCAGGCUACUCAACAGAGAUGAAGGAAGAAUCUAUAAAGAAAUACCAAUACCCUGAUGGAGAAAUUUGGAAGAAACUCCUCGAUGCUCAAGAUAUGUGUUCAGACCUAACACUUUUUUUUUCCUGA